AUGAGAACUCGGUGUAGCGCUCUGGCGCUCUUCGGCUGGUUACUUGUGGCACUUGAUGCCCAGUAUAUCUGCUGGCAAGCGUUGCUCAGAUGUCAGCAGGAGAGAGACUGUGACCUAGCUUACAACCAGUAUCUAGUCGCAUGUGAGGCUAAUAUCCAAGGCAACAGACGGCGGUGCCCAAGUCACUGCAUCAACGCUUUGGUGAGGUUGAAUCUGACCCGCACCGGGCCAGAACUUGAGACUUGUGACUGCGGCCAGGACGCACAAUGCAGGAGAACGAAGCGGGCCAUAGAGCCGUGCCUUCCGCGGAGGUAUCCGGGAGACGCCGCGGGAAUAGGGUGCACAGAGGCCCGUCAGCGCUGCGAGGAGGAGCCGGGUUGCCACUCCAUCCUGACUUCCUACCUGUCUAGUUGUGGACAGCUUUUCAAUGGCAAGAAAUGUUCAGCAAAGUGCAGGUCAACAAUUGAGGAAAUGCUCUCCCACCCCAACGGAAUGCUGCUCAACCGCUGCGUGUGCGACGGUGUGGAGAGGCCGUUUUGCGAGGUCGUAAAGGAGAACAUGGCCAAACUUUGCUCUGUCACCGACCAUGGCGUUUCCCCGGGUACCGAGGACAUGGACUACGUUUAUGAAGACGAGGACUACGAUCUGAAAAUAUAA